AUACACCAGACCAAGAUGGGCUGCCUAAGGAAACCAGUGGCGCAACGCACAGUGCCAGUACCCUGUACGGCACCUGAUGAGACGGAGGAGGAUCUAGGCCCGGACACUCCCCACAGUGCCCAGAACCUCCAAGCACCACCGGCGCAACCCCAAAGCAGACCGUCAGAGCAUCGUCGGAUAUUGUGGCCCGCUGCCAACAAGGAGUCAGAGUGGAAACAGUUUGAUGAAGAUGUUAGUACAGCCCUGGAAGCAACAGCCAAGGGUAAUGUGGACCAGAGGCUCAAGACAAUGAGCACAUUCAUAAUUGGCAUUGCAUCAGACAGGUUUGGCAUAAAGGAACAACGUGCCACCAAGACUACCACUGCAGCACCAAUUCCAAACCGGCGGGAAACCAAGAUUUCCCAACUCAGACAAGAACUGAGAGUACUCAGGAGCCAGUACAGGAAGGCAAGCGAGAAUGAGAAGGCAGCCUUGGCAGAACUGAGGGGUGUGGUAAGGGAUAGGCUACUCACCCUGCGACGUGCCGAGUGGCACAGGAAGAGAGGCAAGGAAAGGGCCCGCAAGCGCAGUGCCUUCAUUGCAAAUCCAUUUGGAUUCACAAAGAAGCUGCUGGGAGAGAAACGCAGUGGUCAACUCUCAUGUCCCGAGGAGGAAAUCAACCUCCACAUCAAGAACACCUACAGCGACGGCAUGAGAGAGCAAGACCUCGGCCACUGUGCAGCCCUCAUAUGCCCACCAGAACCCUGCAUCCUGUUCGACAUCAGUGAACCCACCCUGAAGGAAGUUAAAGAGGCAAUCAAAUCUGCCAGAACAGCAUCAGCACCAGGCCCAAGUGGAGUUCCGUACAAGGUUUUCAAACAGUGUCCCCGCCUGUUGGAGCGUCUUUGGAAGAUCUUCCGGGUGAUCUGGAAAAGAGGGAAAGUACCUCAGCAGUGGACGUACGCAGAGGGAGUAUGGAUUCCCAAGGAGGAAAACGCAAGGAACAUCGAGCAGUUUAGGACAAUCUCCCUCCUCAGUGUUGAGUGCAAGACCUUCUUCAAAAUCGUUUCCAAUCGCCUCAUGGGAUUUCUCCUGAAGAACACCUAUAUUGACACCUCGGUGCAGAAGGGAGGAGUCCCAGGAGUUCCAGGGUGCAUCGAACACACUGGUGUGGUAACACAGCUGAUCCGUGAGGCACGAGAGAACAGAGGCGAUUUGACAGUACUGUGGCUGGACCUCGCCAAUGCUUAUGGAUCAAUUCCACACAAGUUGGUGGAGUUGUCUCUGAGCAGAUACCACGUUCCAGAGAAGAUUUGCAAUCUCAUCCUCGACUAUUACAACAACUUUAGUCUGAGGGUGUCCUCUGGCACUUCAACAUCAGAUUGGCAUCGUCUAGAGAAAGGUAUCAUCACAGGCUGUACAAUCUCUGUGUCCCUGUUUGCACUGGCCAUGAAUAUGCUUGUGAAGUCUGCGGAAGUAGAGUGCAGAGGCCCUUUGUCCAAAUCCGGCACCCGGCAACCUCCGAUUAGAGCAUUCAUGGAUGAUCUCACGGUAACCACAACAUCAGUGUCUGGUUGCAGAUGGCUCCUUCAAGGCCUUGAUCGACUCAUUAGUUGGGCAAGAAUGAGUUUCAAGCCCUCUAAGUCCAGGUCCUUGGUCUUAAGAAAAGGAAAGGUAACCGACCGCUUUCGCUUCAGUCUGGCAGACACCCAAAUUCCAUCUGUGUUAGAAAAGCCAGUGAAGAGCCUGGGCAAGCUCUUCACUGGUGAUCUGAAGGAUACCGCUGCACGUCAAGCUACCAGCGAUAACCUCAACAUGUGGCUCUCAGCUGUGGACAAGUCAGGACUUCCUGGGAAGUUCAAGGCCUGGAUAUAUCAGCAUGGCAUCCUGCCUCGUCUCCUCUGGCCGCUGCUAAUGUACGAAUUCCCAAUGACCAUCGUGGAGGGAUUUGAGAGGAAGAUCAGCUCGUCCCUGCGCAGGUGGCUGGGUCUGCCACGGAGCCUAAGCAGCUUUGCUUUGUUUGGGCACAACACCAAGCUGCAGCUUCCUUUCAGUAGUCUGGCAGAGGAGUUCAAGGUUUCCCGGGCCAGAGAAGUCCUGCUCUACAGAGAUUCUGCUGAUGGGAAAGUAUCGUCAGCAGGUGUGGAGGUCAGAACAGGAAGGAAGUGGCGUGCCCAGGAUGCAGUGGAGCGGGCAGAGGCGAGGCUGCGGCACAGCACCCUGGUGGGAACCAUAGCCACUGGUCGGGCUGGGCUGGGUUGCAACACCAAACCAAACUACAGCAGAGCCAGAGGAAAGGAAAGACGAAAGCUUGUCCAAGAGGAGGUUCGCGCCGAGGUGGAGGAGGCUCGCUUCAGCAGAGUGGUGGGAAUGAGCAAGCAGGGGGCCUGGACCAAGUGGGAGCACAUAGCUGGUCGCAAGAUCACCUGGACCGAACUCUGGAAAGCGGAGCCACACCAGUUUAAGUUCUUGGUCCAGUCAGUUUAUGAUGUCCUCCCAAGCCCUGCUAACCUGUUCACCUGGGGCCUGAUAGACGCACCUGUGUGCCAGCUCUGUCAGAAAAGAGGAUCAUUAGAACACAUCCUCAGCUGUUGCUCAAAGGCAUUGGGAGAUGGCAGGUAUCGGUGGCGCCACGACCAGGUCCUGCGGGCAAUAGCAGACACCAUCUGCAUGGGCAUCAACACCAGUAAGCGGCAACACCCAACCAAGAGCACAAUUGCCUUUGUCCGAGCAGGAGAGAAACCUCAACCCUCCAAGAAGACCCAGGGGGGCCUGCUAACAACAGCAAGGGACUGGCAGCUCUUGGUUGACCUGGGAAGGCAGUUGCGAUUCCCAGACAUCAUCGCAACUACAACACUCCGGCCAGACAUGGUCUUGAUGUCUGGAACCAGCAAGCAGGUGGUACUCCUUGAGCUAACUGUCCCCUGGGAGGACAGAAUGGAGGAAGCUCAGGAAAGGAAGAGAGCGAAGUACGCAGAUCUUGUGGCUGACUGCCGGAGGAACGGGUGGAAGGCCCGCUGCGAGCCUAUUGAGGUGGGCUGCAGGGGUUUUGCAGGCAAGUCCUUACACCGGGUCCUGGGGCUCCUUGGGAUUUGUGGACUGCACAGGAGAAGAGCCAUAAAAAACAUUUUGGAAGCGUCUGAAAAGGCUUCACGUUGGCUCUGGUUGAGGAGGGGUACCACAAUCCAGCCCCUCUUGAGAAAACUUAUUCCAGAGCCCUUGUUGUGCGUCGAAGUGAGUCUGACUAGAUCCAGCCUGAACUUCUCCACCUCGUCCACCUCACGCACCAGUUCAGGCUUCUCACCCCCCAGCGAUGUGACGUUCCAUGUCCCAAGAGCUAGCUUCUGUAGCGAGGAUCGAACUGCCAAGAGCCCUGCCUUUGGCUUUUGCACAGCUCACAUUACACCCAACCUUUUUACAUCUCCUAUGAGUGGUGAGCCCAAUGGACAAGGGACCCACGUUGCCUCUUUGGGCAUUGGGACAGGCCCGGGCACCAGGCACUUGCCGUUGAGCCCCACCUCCAAGCCUGGCUCCAGAGGGAAGCCCUGGUGA